AUGCUCAGUCGGCAGCGGUAUGUGCUGGGAGACAGCGCCAUGCAGCAGAUGGCACAGUCCUCCGUGUUCCUGAGUGGAAUGGGGGCACUGGGAAUAGAAAUAGCUAAGAACAUCGUCCUCGCAGGAGUGAAGGCGGUCACGCUGCAUGACAGUAGACUGUGUGAAGUCUGGGACCUCGGCACCAACUUCUUUAUCCGGGAGGAGGACGUUCAGAGUGGAAAGAAAAGGGUGGACGCCGUUCACUCUCGGGUGGCCGAGUUAAACCCCUACGUUCAGGUCAGCACGUCGAGCGUUACCCUCAGCGACAGCACAGACCUCAGCUUCCUGCUUAAAUAUCAGUGUGUGGUGCUAACAGAAAUGAAGCUGAGCCUGCAGAAGAGGAUCAACCAUUUUUGUCACUCUCAGCACCCCCCCAUCAAGUUCAUUGGCUGCGAUGUGUUUGGGAUCUGUUCACGAGUCUUCUGUGAUUUCGGUGAGAACUUUGAGGUGUCGGACCCGACGGGAGAGGAGCCCAAAGAGCUUUUCAUUCAGAGCAUCAGCCAGGAGAACCCUGGCGUGGUCACGUGCAUGGACAGCCGAACACACGGACUCCAGACGGGACAGAGCGUGUGUUUCCGAGAGAUCAACGGCAUGACAGAGCUCAAUGGUACCACGCACCAGGUUACAGUUCUCUCUCCCUACAGUUUUUCAAUAGGCGAUACUUCGUCUUUCCAGCCGUAUCUUCAUGGUGGAAUCUUUCGCAUGGUCAAAAUCCCUCAAACCUACAGCUUUGAGACGAUGGAGCAGCAGCUGCAAGACCCUCGCCUUCUUAUUCCAGACUUCAGCAAACCCGAGGCACCGCUGCAGAUCCACGUGGCCAUGAUGGCGCUGGAUGACUUUCAGGAACGCCACAACAGGCUGCCGAACGUCGGAUGUUUGCAGGACUCCGAGUGUUUGUUGAAGCUUACGGAGGAGCUGAACGAAACCCUUCUAAACAAAGUGUGCGUGAACCCGUCGUUGGUGCGCUGUGUGUCCCGUUGUGCGAGGGGCUGCCUUUCACCCCUGGCAGCAGCAGUGGGUGGCAUCGCGAGUCAGGAAGUCCUGAAGGCUCUAACCGGGAAGUUCACGCCUCUUCAGCAGUGGUUUUAUCUGGAUGCGUUAGAAGUGAUCCAGCCCCUCCAGUCUCUUCCUGUCGAGGAGUUUGCACCCAGGGGGGAUCGUUACGAUGCUUUGAGGGCGUGUAUUGGCGAGUCCUUGUGUCUGGAGUUGCACAAGCUUCGAGUUUUCAUGGUGGGCUGCGGCGCCAUUGGCUGCGAGAUGCUGAAGAAUUUCGCGCUGCUCGGGGUGGGAUUGGCCAGGUGCUCGGGGGAGGUCUGCAUCACUGAUCCGGAUCUCAUAGAGAAGUCCAACCUUAACCGUCAGUUCCUCUUCAGACCUCAUCAUAUACAGAAGCCCAAGAGCACCACUGCAGCAGGGGCGACACUGGAGAUAAAUCCUGAGCUCCAGAUCGAUGCACACCUGAGGAAGGUGUGUCCAGCGACCGAGGAGACGUACAGCGACACCUUCUACUCCCGUCUCAGCCUGGUGAUCACCGCGCUGGAUAACGUAGAGGCUCGCAGAUACGUCGACAGUCGAAGCGUGUCCAAUCAGAAAGCUCUGCUGGACUCUGGGACCAUGGGAACGAAGGGCCACACCGAGAUCAUCGUCCCGUACCUGACCGAGUCCUACAACAGCCAUAGGGAUCCACCUGAAGAGGAGAUUCCAUUCUGCACCCUGAAAUCUUUCCCCGCCGUGAUCGAGCACACCAUCCAGUGGGCCAGAGACAAGUUUGAAAGUUCCUUCUGUCACAAGCCGUCCAUGUACAACAUGUUCUGGCAAAAUCACGGCUCUGCUGAAAAUGUAUUACAGAGGAUGAAGGCCGGUGAGAAUAUAGACGGUGCGUUUCAGGUCGUUAAGGUGUUAAGUCGUCGACCCACGCGCUGGGAGCAAUGCCUGACCCUCGCCCGCCUGAAAUUCGACAAAUACUUCAACAAAAAGGCGUUACAACUACUGCACGCAUUUCCACUUGAUACACGAUUAAAAGACGGAUCUCUGUUCUGGCAGUCGCCAAAACGACCGCCAUCACCGAUAUACUUCGAUCUCAAAGACCCUCAGCACUUUGGUUUCGCGGUCAGUGCGGCUCGACUGUACGCUGGAAUUUACAACGUACCGUAUUCAGAAGAGGACCUUUGUUACGAGGCUGUAUCAAGAGUUUUGGCUGAGGUGAAGGUUCCAGAGUACAAACCAGCAGAAAAGCAUAUAGAAACAGACGAGACAGUUAAGAAGCCGGAUCAGAUCAAGCUGAUGGUGAGCAGCGAGGAGGAGAGGGAAGCCAUAUCACAGCUGGAAAAGGCCCUCACGUCUGGUUUCACACCAGAAAGCUUGCGUAUGACGCUGCUGGCGUUUGAGAAGGACGACGACUCGAAUGGUCACAUAGACUUCGUGGAGUCGGCGUCGGCCCUGAGAGCCGGUAUGUACUCUAUAGAAGCCGCCGAUCGCCUUCAGACCAAACGCAUCGCCGGCAAAAUCAUCCCUGCCAUCGCUACAGCCACCGCCGCCGUCGCUGGCCUGGUGGCUUUGGAGAUGAUUAAAGUCGCCGGAGGCUUCGGCUUCGAGUCGUUCAAGAACUGCUUCUUCAAUCUGGCCAUCCCCGUCGUGGUGCUUACAGAGACGGCUCAGGUCAAACGCACUCAGAUCAGAGAAGACAUCUCCUUCUCUAUCUGGGAUCACUGGUCCAUCAUUGGUCAUGAAGACUUCACCCUGUCUGAUUUCAUCAAUGCCGUCAGGGAGAAGUAUGGUGUGGAGCCCACCAUGGUGGUUCAUGGAGUGAAGAUGCUGUACGUUCCCAUCAUGCCUGGACACAGCAAGAGACUCAAACUGACCAUGCAGAAGCUGAUCAAGCCCUCGGCGGACAGGAAGUACGUUGACCUCACUGUGUCGUUCGCGCCAGAACGAGACGGGGACGAGGACCUGCCGGGCCCUCCGGUCCGCUACUACUUCAGACAGGACACCGGCGAGAAAGCCUGACCCCCCCCCUCCCCGGCACUGACAUCACUCCUCCCCUCUCCUCCUCUGGCCUGCGGACCACUAGCGGCGUAGCACUUGAUCAAAUUGUACAUAGUGACGUUUUUUUUUUGUUUUUUUUUUGUCGCUGUUGUUGCUGUUUUCUACGGGUUUGUUAUUUUAUUGCGGAGCUUCGUCUGUGCCGAUGCCUUAAGGAACGAAACGGUGCGUCAGUGAAAGUCAUAUUAUUGUUAUUAUUAUUAUUAAUAUUAUUAUUAUAUAUAGUAUAAUAAGUAUAGUAGAUCAGAAGAUAAACAGUGUUUCCACUCCUAACCUGGGAUGGAUCAAUGCUAACGUAAUAAUAAAUGAUAGAAGCGGACGAUGGGGGAGGAAGCGCAGAUUCAAAAGUGAUUCAUUAUGAAGCAGCACGUGCUUUUUAUUUUAGCCCAAAACCCGUCAAGCAUAUUUAUGAUGUUAAACACAGCACGGCCAAAAGUAUGUGGACGCCUGAUUGAAAUCACAUUUCAAAACCAUGGGCAUUGAUAUGACUACAUACACUGUCACUAACAGGUGUGAUAAACCAGUUAUAUAAAGGAAACUAUAUGCUUCCAACUUUGCAGCAGCAGUUUAAGGAAGGCCCUUUCCUGUUCUAGUAUGACUCCGCCCCUGUGCACAAAUCAAGCUCUAUAAAGAAGUGAGAAGAAGAUUCAGUUCUUCUAGUGGUCUGUCAUCUUUUAACUGAAUGGGCACAAAUUCCCACAGACAUACUUCAAACGCUUGUGAGAAGCCUCCUCAGAGGAGCGACUGGUGUUAUAGCUGAUAAGAUAACAUACAGGUCACAGACCAUAUAGUGUAUCAGCUAUAACAGCUUUGACCUCCCUAGGAGAUUUUGGACUUUGUCUAUGAGAGUUUGUGCCCAUUCAGGCAAAAGAGCGUCUGUGCAGGCCCCCCCCGAGUUCCUCCACACCAAACCCAUCAAAGCAUGUCUUUGUGGCAACAGUUUAGGGAAGGCCCUUUCCUGUUCCAGCAUGACUCCGCCCCUGUGCGCAAAUCAAGUUCUAUCAAGACUUGAAAAAACUCCAGUGGUCUGUCAUCUUUUGACUGAAUGGGCACAAAUUCCCACAGACAUACUACAAAAUCUUGUGAGAAGCCUUCUCAGAUGAGUGGUUGGUGUUAUAGCUGAUGAGAUAACAGAGAGGUCACUCUGUUUUCAGGUGUCCAAAUACUUUUGACCGUAUCAGCUAUAAUAGUAGGUGUUCCGCCAGAUUCUGGACUUUGUCUGUGGGAGUUUGUGCCCAUUCGGGCAAAAGAGCGUCUGUAAGCGGGACUGAGGUCCGGACUCUGUGCAGGCCCCCGUGUUUGUCCACACCAAAUCUGCAGCAUGUCUUUGUGGCAACAGUUUAGGGAAGGCCCUUUCCUGUUCCAGCAUGACUCCGCCCCUGUGUGCAAAUCGAGCUCUAUCAAGAACAUUCAGUUCUUCUAGUGGUCUGUCAUCUUUUGACUGAAUGGGCACAAAUUCCCACAGACAUACUGCAAACACUUGUGAGAAGCCUCCUCAGAGGAGCAACUGGUGUUAUGGCUGAUAAGAUAACAUAGAGGUCACUCAGUUUUCAGGUGUCCAAACACUUUUGACCAUAUAGUGUAUCAGUUAUAACAGCUUUGACCUUUCUAGGAGGUUCCACCAGAUUUUGGACUUUGUCUGUGGGAGUUUGUGCCCAUUCAGGCCAAACAGCGUCUGUGCAGGCCCCCGGGUUUCUCCACACCAAACCCAGGGAAGCAAGUCUUUGUGGCAACAGUUUAGGGAAGGUUUAAUUGAUUGGUGUCUAUACACGUUUGGUCAUAUAGGUCACACAGACUCGUGGUUGAGGAUGGGAUCAGUUUUACGUAGGGUGGGCUGUGCUGUAACUGCUACUGGAGUGGCUCUGUGGGUACAGCAGGUAGUGUGGGUGCUGCACGGCACCUGGGUCCUGCCAACCUGGGUUUGAAUCCUCCUGAAAAGUUGACAUGCACUCGUAAGGGAAGUGUAUUUCACUGCAGUCUCGGGACGUUAAUGAUUUCUGCAGCGCUUCUUUCUCUGUGACUGAACGAUUUCAGCUUUGCGAACUGAGCUGACCGCUCGCUCUCCAAAAAUCUGCUGCCGGGUCAAAAAUAAAAACUUACGAUGUCAUUUAA